UCUUCUUCUUCUGUGUAAAAAGAAGAACUGACUUGUGAGUGCAGUAGAACUCGAAAACGCAAGAAGAAUACGAAGAAAAAAAACUAUAUUUUAUUUUUUGGUUUUUUGCCUAACUUUCGCCUCCAAGUCGAAAUAAUAAAAAUUAUCUCAAAAACAAUUCUUUGUUAUUUUGUUAUAUAGUAAAUUUGUGUCCUACUAAAUCUGAAAACCAAUCAGCAAAUGCAGAAAAUUUGCGAAGUUUUGUUGUGAUAGAAAAAAUAAAAUCGAAAGAAAAAAAUCUUUCGCCAGGGAAAGUUGGGAAAAAAAUAUCCCCAAAGUGCUUUAGUGCGUUAAAAUUUUUCUUAUUGCCCCAAGAAAUGGCUCUAAAAAAGGUGAAAGGAAACUUCGAACGAAUGUUUGAUAAAAAUCUAACAGAUCUCGUUCGUGGAAUCCGAAAUAACAAAGAUAAUGAGGCCAAGUACAUCUCACAGUGUAUUGAAGAGAUCAAACAGGAACUACGCCAAGACAAUAUCAAUGUUAAGUGCAAUGCUGUCGCUAAGCUCACCUAUAUUCAAAUGCUUGGCUAUGAUAUAUCAUGGGCAGGCUUUAACAUCAUUGAGGUCAUGAGUUCCUCUAGAUUUACUUGUAAAAGAAUUGGUUAUCUAGCGGCAAGUCAAAGUUUUCAUCCGGAUAGUGAGCUUCUAAUGCUUACAACCAACAUGAUUCGCAAGGAUUUGAACUCUCAAAAUCAGUACGAUGCAGGUGUCGCUCUAAGUAGUUUAAGUUGUUUCAUUUCGCCUGACUUAUCAAGGGAUCUUGCCAAUGACAUUAUGACUUUGAUGAGCUCAACGAAACCUUAUCUAAGAAUGAAAGCCGUCCUUAUGAUGUAUAAAGUAUUUCUUCGUUAUCCUGAAGCUCUGCGACCAGCAUUUCCAAAACUUAAAGAGAAACUAGAAGAUCCUGAUCCAGGUGUUCAAUCAGCUGCAGUGAAUGUUAUAUGUGAACUAGCCCGCAAGAAUCCGAAAAAUUAUCUUCCACUUGCACCGAUAUUUUUCAAACUCAUGACAACAUCCACCAACAAUUGGAUGCUCAUUAAAAUUAUUAAAUUGUUUGGCGCUUUAACUCCUUUAGAACCCCGGCUAGGAAAGAAAUUAAUAGAACCUCUCACAAAUCUAAUCCAUAGUACAUCGGCAAUGAGUCUGCUGUAUGAAUGCAUAAAUACAGUAAUUGCAGUUUUAAUAAGCAUUAGCAGUGGUAUGCCAAAUCAUAGUGCCUCAAUACAAUUGUGUGUCCAAAAACUACGCAUCCUCAUUGAAGAUUCUGAUCAAAAUUUAAAAUACUUAGGACUGUUGGCGAUGUCAAAAAUCCUCAAGACACAUCCAAAGAGUGUUCAAUCGCACAAGGAUUUGAUUUUGGCAUGUUUGGAUGAUAAAGAUGAGUCAAUUAGAUUACGUGCCCUGGAUCUUUUGUACGGCAUGGUCUCAAAAAAGAAUCUCAUGGAAAUUGUAAAAAGGCUUCUGGGCCAUAUGGAACGAGCAGAAGGCUCAGUCUAUCGAGAUGAGUUGCUCUUUAAGGUGAUUGAGAUUUGUUCACAAAGUUCGUAUCUCUAUGUGACGAAUUUUGAAUGGUAUCUAACAGUUUUGGUUGAGUUAAUAACUUUAGAAGCCGGCUCAAAACAUGGAGGUCUAAUUGCUGAACAGCUUUUAGAUGUUGCCAUUCGUGUACCGGUAGUGAGGCAAUUUGCAGUUAAUGAAAUGAGCACUCUUUUGGACACUUUUGCUGUUUCAUCGCAAAGCGAUUCAAUGUAUGAAGUGCUUUAUGCUGCUGCAUUUAUUGUUGGUGAAUUUUCAAGUGAACUUAAUGAUGCAGAAAGUACACUUAACAUUUUACUACGACCACGCCAAGUGCCAGGCCACAUCAAGGGUGUUUUUGUGCAAAAUGUAAUCAAAAUAUUCACAAGACUGGUGACAACAUGCUUGGAGAACCAAGACGUUGAUGGAAUUGUUAGACUUUGUGAUCAUGUUCAUGUCAAACUUCAAGAAUUUUCCAGUUCAAAUGAUAUUGAAGUGCAAGAACGUGCAAACUCCGCCUGCGUUCUUAUCGGAAUGCUGCGUUCCCAAUUCGAAAAGACCCAUCCUCCUUCCAGCAAAAAUAACACAAAUCACAACAACCACACUACAACACCAACCAACACCACCACUACCAAGGACAUUAUAAGCGGUCUCGAAACAGUCACCGAUGAUUGUGUGGAUGAUAAUAAUAUAGCGAAAAAGCUUGUAGUUCCUAUCAUUCCCAAUCUAGCAAUAGAAAUUGUUCAAGAAAUGGCAUUGCUAUUUGCUGGUGAAUUAAUUCCAGUAGCACCGAAAGCACAACGUAAAGUCCCCCUACCCGAUGGCCUCGAUUUGGAUGAAUGGAUUAAUCCACCAUCCGAAAAAGAAGAUAGUUCAUCGAGUGAUGAGGAAAAAGAAGAACUUUUUGCAGCAAUAACUAGAAAUCAUGAUGCUGAAACUAGCAAGCGACGUAAAAGUGAUGAUCUUACCCCUGAACAGCUUGAGAAAUAUCGUCAACAACGGCUUUUGGAACAAAGUAAUAAUCCACAUUAUUUGAAAUCCAACGAUAGCAAGAAAACGGAUUUAAAUAGUCCGACCAAUGACAAUGAUGCGUAUGUGAAUAUAGAUGAGAUUCCAAUUACAGAAUUGUCAUUGGAAGUUCCAUUGCAAGUGCUUUCUAUAAAACGGUCUGAUAAGUACUUGGAAGAAGAAAACAAGCCAACCAAGGAGAAGAAAAAGCAUAAAAAGUCCAAAAAAAGCAAAAAGUCCAAGAACAAGGUGGCCUAUACUACUUCGGAAUCAGAAGAUGACACAAAACCUACUCCUUUGGUUAACAAAACAUUGGAUAUGCCAGAGGGAGUUGCUCUAUCUGAUAGUGAAGACAAAGACAAAUUUGAUCCUGAUGAUCCGCACCGAGCCUUAGACAUUGAUCUGGAUAUUCCUGAAGAGAAGCAUCGUAAAUCCAAAAAACCUGCACUUGAAACCAACUCAACUUCGAAUGAAAACUUGGAACAUCCAAAGAAGUCAAAAUCGAAGAAAUCUAAAGAAUCAAAAGAAUCCUCAAACUCCACCGUCGUAGCUCCAACCUCAACAUCAACUCCAACCACCACCACCGGCACCGGUACAACUAAAAAAGACAAGAAAAAAGACAAAGAACACCACAAGGAACACAAAUCAAAAUCUAAAAGUAAAGAAAACGAAGAAGAAAACCAUGAUCUCAUGGGUACGCCAGUGAAGAAAAAGAAAGAAAAAUCUAAAUCAUCUUCUUCCAAAAAGGACGAAUCCAGUGAAAAGAAGAAAGAGAAAAAGGAAAAACAUCACCAUCGAAGUCAUCAUAAAGAGAAGAAAGAAGAGCCUUUGUUAUUGGGUGAUUUUGAAGAACCGUCAUCGCCUAUUAAAGAGACAUCCUAAGAAACCACCAGAUCCAGCAGUUUGGCGUUAAAAAACUGCUUAGCAAUUAAACAAAGUCCCCUCCUCUUCACUCUUCUAAGGUCAAACCAAAAGAGAUUAAACGAGGAAAUGCGUCGUGUUACAAAUCGAGCUAUGUAUCAUUUAAUGUAAUAGCAUCUUGUUGCGUAGGUAAAAAUAUUUUUUUUUAUAAUUUUAGUUUAAUUUUUGUUCUCUUUUUAAACUCUGUUUCUGUUUCCAAUAAAAAACAAGCACACUAAGAAAAAAAAUAAUUAACAUAAGAAAAAAACAAAAUAGAUAAAUUGUUGUAAUAAUUCAUAGAUCAUCAUUUUGGUUAAAUUAUAAAUAAAGCAAAAAAAAUAAACAAUAUUGAACAAUUUUUUUUAAAUAUCUUAAAUAAAAUAGAAAUAAUACAAUCGAUUUAUUUUAUUCAUUUGUUACUCAUAAAACACUUCUUAAGAGAGAUUUUAAGCUUAUACGAUAUAAUAAAAUGCAGACUAGCUAAAAACAAUUAAAUGAAAAAAA